AUGCCUCGCUACGGAGCCCUCGGUGCAACAUUCCAGUUGGCACGGCUAUUCCAGUUUGUCUCACUUAUUGCUAUUAUCGGCAUGACGGCCAAGUUCAUCGCAUCGAUCGUCUCGAGCAACGCUACGCCGCCGAAUAUUCUCAUCGGGACAAUCAGUGUGACUUGUAUCGCAGUAAUCUACUGCUUAAUCACCGCGGUUCUUUUUAUGGAUAACAUCCUUCCCUUCCUCGCCUGCGCAGCACUCGACCUGCUCCUCUUAAUCGGGUUCAUCGUCGUCGCUGUGGUAAUGGGCAAGCCGCUGUCCUACCUGAAGUGCACAUCACUGGCUGAGCUGGGAUACAAAGAUGCAACGGCUUAUGCAUUCUCGUCGCACCUGGACAGUUACCUUGCCACCAUCAGCGGGACGAUCGACUACAAGUCGUGGAUCGGAGCGUCCAAGGCGAUUUGUCUGGAGACGAAGGCGAUCUGGGGACUGAGCAUUGCCUUGUGUAUUCUGCUUUUCUUCUCGAUGCUCUGCAGUGUCUGUCUUUGGCGCCUGAAGAAGGCUCUUGCGGCUGCGGAGGAAAAGUAA